AUGCCACUCAAACCCCAACUCAAGCCUGAAAAUGGCCAGCUUCUUGCCGUCCCGAAAUCGACUUCAGCUCUUACUUCGAUCUUCAACGCCCCAUAUCGCAUGCUAGCUUCAUUAGCUCAAUCUGCAUGUCUUGGAUCAUUGACCAAGAUGCAUAUUGGCUACUUGACUGUUGAAGUCCAGAACAACCAGAUUCACGAAUUUGGUGACAAGGACUCGGACAUGCGAGCUCACGUCCACGUCUUGAGCGAUUCAUUGUGGAUCCGGCUAGCCACAUUCAGUGCACUGGGAUUCGCUGAAGCCUUCAUGGCAGAUGAAGUCCGCGUCGACAAUCUGGCAGUCCUCCUCAAGCUAUUCAUCAUCAACAGAGAUGUCAUCGGCGACAUGGAUCCCUUCCGAAUCUCGGAACUACUCGUCACAAUCCUGCAUUCAAACAUUCCAAACACCAUCUAUAAUGCCUUAAACAACAUCAAGGCUCAUUAUGAUCUCGGAAAUGAGCUUUUUGCAAGCUUCUUGGAUCCAACUAUGACUUACUCUUGUCCCAUCUGGGCUAAGGAAGAUGAAACAUUGAUGGAUGCACAGUUAAGAAAGAUUCAUACUGUGCUUGAAAAGGCUCAAAUUCAAGAGGGCGAUAAUGUUUUAGAGAUCGGGACUGGCUGGGGCGCAUUGGCAAUAGAGGCAGUUAAAAAGUACAAGUGCAAAGUAACUUCCUUGACGCUCUCCAAGGAACAAAAAGUCUUGGCCGAACAAAGAAUCAAGGCUGCCGGCUUUUCCGAUUCCAUCACAGUCUUGUUGCAAGACUACAGAACUCUGGCCAAAGAUCAACAGUUUGACAAGAUUGUUACUGUUGAAAUGCUAGAGGCGGUUGGACCACAGUUUCUGCCAACAUUCUUUGAGACUUGUGACCAGCUAUUGAAGAAGGAUGGUAUUCUAGUCUUACAGGUCAUCACUAUGCCUGAAUCGCGAUACGACUCAUACCUCAAUUCAGUCGAUUUCAUCCAAAAGUAUAUCUUCCCUGGAGGCCACUGUCCCUCCAUCACUGCUCUCACAACCGCCAUCCAUCAAGGCGCCCACGGAAACUUUGUCAUCAAUCAUCUCGAAGAUAUCGGGCCACACUACGCAAAGGCAUUGCGUCUAUGGAGAGAAAAGUUUUGUCAACAGUAUGAUGCUGUUGUAGCUAGUAGUGGUAUUAACUCUGAAGUCUAUGACGACGAGUUUAAACGCAAGUGGGAGUUCUACUUUGCGUACUGUGAAGCAGGCUUCGCUACUUCAACACUCGGAGAUAUACAAAUAAGACUGGUUAGAGAAGGAAACCUCUCAUUGUUGAAAGGUGUUCCAUUAUAA